ACAUAAGUCAUCAAUUAGGGCACCAUGUCAAUAUCAAUUAUUUAUAUACACACCUUUGGUCCGUAUAGCCUCUCCCGGAAGUAAAAUUACUCAUUUUCAGCACUGAGUCUAACGUAGAGGAGAAGCGUCUGGGCUAAACUCGCGACAGAGAACAUUGUCUCCGUUCAAUUGUUAGCUUCCGGAUGAAUUAAACCUUCUUCACCUUGGUAUCAUGGCCAGAGAUAACACAUUUCUCACGGGUGACAUGCGAUCCUAAGAAAGAGAAGAAUGCGGCUGUGCCCCACCUUCCUGCUGCAGCGCUGGCUGUGGUUGUGUGUGUGUGCCAGACAGUGGCACUGCAGAAAUGGCAACUGCAGACUACCGCUGUGUGUGAGGCAGAUAUGGGCCUACCUCAGACUGAUGGUCGACUCCCUCUAUUACAACACCCUCACCAACUCUGACGUCGUCAUGGACUCACUGAUGGAACCCAUCUUAUGGAUGGUGGACCUACUCACCCGCAGGUUCGGGGCGGUGUUUGUAUGUCUGUUAGUGAUACUGACCACUUCUAUCCUGCUGGUAGUCUAUGUGGUUAUGCUGCCCGUGAUCUUCGACACGUACUCUCCAUCCUGGAUAGCCUGGCACAUGAGUUACGGACACUGGAACCUUGUCAUGAUCGUCUUCCACUAUUAUAAAGCUACCAAUACUGCCCCAGGAUACCCCCCUACGAUGAAAAAUUCCAUUCCAUUUGUGUCCAUGUGUAAGAAGUGUAUCAUCCCCAAACCAGCCAGAACUCACCACUGUGCCAUCUGCAACACGUGCAUUUUGAAAAUGGACCAUCAUUGUCCGUGGCUGAAUAACUGUGUCGGCCAUUUUAACCAGCGCUACUUCUUCUGCUUCUGUGUCUCCAUGACUCUGGGCUGUGUCUACUGCAGCAUCAGUGGCCGGAACCUUUUCCUGGAUGCUUAUAGUGCUUAUAGUGCUAUAGAGCGCUUCAAACACAUGGACAAAUCAGGUGUCCCGGUGACAGGGAAGGGGCAAUUCAUAGGCAUCUUACCGCCUGUGCAGAGCACCUACCAGACUCCUCCCUUAACGUUCAGAGACGAGAUGUUCCACAAGAGUGUCAUUUACAUGUGGGUGUUAACCAGCGUGGUGGCUGUAUCUCUUGGGGGGCUGACUAUCUGGCACGCAGUGCUGAUAUCCCGAGGAGAGACCAGCAUAGAGAGGCACCUCAACAACAAGGAGACCAAACGGAUGCGGAAAUGUGGCAAGGUGUACAAGAACUCAUUUAACUAUGGCAGACUGAACAACUGGAAAGUCUUCUUAGGUGUGGAGAAGAAAAGUCAUUGGCUGACGCGAGUCAUCCUGCCCUCUGGACAUGUCCCCAUUGGGAACGGCCUGACCUGGGACAUCUAUCCAUUCAGAAAAGACAUGAUGCCCGUCUGAGCCAAAUACAAAAUAACUGAAUUCUACAAAAUGAGGAAACUCCUGAUGUCUGUCUGACCACUGACCCCACAGACUCUGUCCACACAGAACUACAUCUCCCAGCGGCCCCUGCUCCCUACAUAUACUGAUGUCACAUGACCAGGUUUUGGAGACGAGCAGGAAAGUGAAUACUGGGAGGACAACAGGGAAGAGAUGGGGAACGUUUGCUGCUCCUAAGUGAAACAACCCUACAAAAUGUUUCAACCCUGGUCCUGGCACAGGGCUUGUGUAAUAAAGGCCAACCACACUCCAGAACUUGUAAUGAUGUGGGGAUGAACUGUUUCAUAAUGUUUUUAGACUGUACUACAGUGUACCACAGUAUGAGUCGUCAUAUUACCAAUAAGACAUAGAGGUCAAACGGAAAUGAUUCCAUUUAUUUUUUUCCACCAUUCACUUUUCCCAUAGGUUUUUAAAAAGAAAACACUUAAAUUAAAGGGUUGGGUUUAGUUUUGAUAACUGUGUAAAUCUUUCUAGGAGAAGGUGACUUAUCAAUAUAUUUGCCUGUAUUUCCCCCCCCCCCCCGCUACUGUGACUAUCAUAAAGAACUACAAAUGCCAUGAUGAUCAGGAUGAGGCUUCCGAAUCAAGGAAAAGGUAAGAAUCUAAUGUCAGCUAAAUGUAAUAAAUACAUUGGCACCAUUUCUUUAGAUGGACAAUUCUGUCAACUGUGCAAGUUUUCAAUUGACAGAAUACCUGUUAGCAAAGGUGUUAGCUAGAGAUGACAUGCAGGGAUUUGUAGUCUUUCAUGAUGUCUACUUUGAUGCUAAUUACUAUUUUGAUUUUAAGUCACCUUGUCAGAGAUUAACAUAGUUAUCAAAAGGUCACACCAGGCUAACUACACAAAACACAGCUGUUAUUUGAGGUUGUUCUAAUAGUGAAUGGUGGAAAAAUGAUUGGAACCAUUUCCCGGUUUGACCGCUAGGUUUUAUGGGUAUUAUGACACGUCCACAAUAAGACUCUGGUGUACAUUAGGCAUGUCAAACUCAUUCCAUGGAGGGACAAGCGUCUGCAGGCUUUUGGGUUUUUCCUUUCAAUUAAGCCCUAGACAACCACGUGUGGGGAGUUCCUUACUAAUCAAUGAACUUAACUCAUCAAGUACAAGGGAGGUGCUUGAUGAGCGAUAUGUUUGCGAUAUUACAUUUCCUUAAAACAAUAACAAAUGUGGAUCUCUGCUUUAAUCUAUUUUUAACAUUGUCAUAAGGAGCACAUUCAAAAUCAUAAAACCUGUUUUCCCAUCUUGACAUUAACAUUGAGAAAAAUCACUGAAAAGGGGUUGACGGUAAUGCUUAACGAUGUCAUAAAUCAGCCAUAACUCCCCUUGCUACCGGGAGAAUGGAAUCAAGGGAGAGGCAAUUGAAAGCAAGCUUAACAAAACAUUCGAACUUGUUUACCAAUGAGUAACGGGGUUAACGUGCUAUGCUCGGUCUUCUACCCCAAAACACAGUAUGUCUGUACAGUAGGACAGUUACAUGCAAUGUUACAUUUGUUGACCCUGGAGUUAUGUUAUGUUCUGUAAUGUUCAGUUGUAUGAUAUUAAAAAAAAGCGGUUGACUCUGA